AGAUACGUCUUUGCCCUUGUUCCAGGUCGGAAGCAUGAAAGCAUGAACUAUGACCGGGUCCAACCUGUGCUUACCAAAGGUGGCCGUGUUUGGCACGAGCACGGUCAGCCGCAUCAUCGUAAAUGUUCUCCAACAAGAAGGGUUUCAAAUCGAAGCAAUAUGGGGUCAGACGCCUGAAGAGGCCGAGUUCUUGUCUCGCGAAUUGAAUAUUCCGUACUUCACCUCGCGCGUGGAUGAUGUGCUUCUACGGAAGGAAGUUGAUCUCAUUGUCAUUCUGUGCACCCCUGCUUUGCAUUCGCAAAUUGCCGUGAAGGCUCUGGGCAUUGGCAAACACGUUAUUGUGCAAUCACCGAGCGGCCUAAAUCAAGAUGAAACGCUUAGAAUGGUUCAAGCUGCUCAAUACUACCCGAAGCUAUGCUCGUUUCUCAGCAACGGCUUAAGAUUCCUGCCUGCUGUGACGAAAAUGAAAAGUGCCAUUCAAUCCGGCUUUAUAGGCGCGAGGAUCAAUUUAGUCGAUGUUCGCCUCAAUAUGGGCAGUAUCAUCGGGAAGAAGUACUCCUGGCUUUGUGAUGACGUUAUGGGUGGGGGAGUACUCAAUGUCUUUGGAGCUCACAUCAUUGAUCUCAUUCAUUUCCUCACGGAACAGAGUGUAACUCGAGUCCAUGGAACGGUGCGAACCUUUACCAAAACCACCAAGUACAUCCACGGCAUCCGACAAAUCAAAAGCGACGACUUUGUCUCAUUUCAAAUGGAGAUGAGUGGAGGCACCUUUGCGUCCGUCACUUUAAGCUCACAAGUGUGUGGCUUUGUUCAAGAGUUUCACGUGAGCGGCGACGAAGGACGCCUUAUUGUGCGCAAUGGAGAUCUCUUUGGCCACCAACAAGACACUUCGGAUGAAGACAUCAUCUUAUUCCAAGACGUCUCUCAAUGCUCCUCCGGUCUGGAGGACCCGCUGUUACCUUCAAUAUACCUGAAUGGCCUCUCUACCAUGUUUUCGAGCUUGGCUGACCUUUUUCGUGCGACCGCGGUCGACGAAUCCAACAAUGCAAAAUUCAGAUCACCCUCGAGUGAUUCCAAGGCAAAAUUUGCCACGUUCAAUGACGCUCAGCACAUUCAAGCUGUGAUCGAGGCCAUUCGAACCUCGUCCAAAGAGCGAUGCUGGACAAAGGUGACUGAAAAAUCCGAGGAAGAGAUCCUAAUGAUGUUGUCCGAGAACACUUUCUAGAGCCUAACCUGAAACCUACCUCUUCAUUUUUCCACUUCUGCAACAAAAUCACCUUUAUCACGUCCACCAUCUCGUUCUUCCUGAUCAGUCACUCCAUCUUUUUCUUUCCUCCUCUACCACCUUCGUUUUCUUCGUCUCCAGCCUCAUUUUCUCACCUGGGAAAUAUGUGUAUGGUCUUUCUAUCGCACCUAGCAUGUUGUUCUAACCACCUGGGUAGCCAUGUGUCCCAACACCCGGUAAUUCACUCUUCUGAGCCUUCCUUGAAUCUGUAACCAGAUACGUCUCGAUUUUUGGUGUAGCUUUGUAUGUCUGUUGCUUUCCUCUUUCGGUCCCUCGUUACUUGCUCUUAACCAAGCCACCAUAUCCAUCUUUUCAGCACUCUGACUUAU